AUGAGUGAACUAGGGGAUCACAACAUUGAGAACAAAGAUAUAGACAAUAGAAUUGGAAAUCAAGAAGUUGAGGAAGAAAAGGUAUCUCAAGAGGAUCAUAUAGAAGAUCAAAAUGCAAUUUCAGUUGAUAAUAAUGCAGCAAUAGAAUUACUAAAUGUAAAUCUACAAGAUAUGUUUGCAAAUUCUUUUAUUGGUGCUAAUGUUGUCAAUGCAACCCGUAUGCAAGAGACUAUUGGUGAAUCGUGGCCUUUUGAUCAAUAUCAAGCAACUGGAUUAUUACCUGUAGAUUAUGCUUAUUGGUUAACACCAUAUAAUACAUCCAUUGGUCCUACUGCAUUUGUAAUGAUGCAAUCAACAGCUACAUUCCCAGAUGGAACGCAAAUGGAUGCUCAACAAGCUAGAGCUCGUAGAAGACGACAUGUAUUUGGAGUAUGUUGUUAA